UUUAGGCUGGUGUCCUCAAAGCCUUCCUCAGCUUCUCUUCAUCAGACCAAACUUCUGCUCUCAACUCAGUUUUCUAUUAGUUCCAGCACAUCCAGAGACAGCCUUUUACUUCAGAACAGAAUGCCUUUUGGGGGAGGAAACAAGUGUGGUUGCUGUCAGAAAACUGUCUACUUUGCCGAGGAGGUGCAGUGUGAAGGGAAGAGCUGGCAUAAAUCCUGUUUUCGGUGCAUGGUGUGCAAGAAGAACUUGGACAGCACGACAGUGGCUGUACAUGUAGACGAAAUCUACUGCAAGUCAUGCUAUGGCAAAAAGUAUGGGCCAAAAGGCUAUGGCUUCGGAGGGGGAGCUGGCACGCUGAGCAUGGACACAGGAGAGGGACUCGGGAUCAAGCCUGAAGAACAAGCUCCUCAUCGACCUACAAAUAACCCAAAUGCCUCCAAGUUCGCCCAGAAAUCAGCAGGAUCAGAAGUGUGUCCACGAUGUGGAAAAACAGUGUAUGCAGCAGAGAAGGUUAUCGGGGGAGGCAAUUCUUGGCAUAAGGGCUGCUUUCGCUGUGCCAAGUGUGGUAAAGGCCUGGAGUCAACAACCCUUGCUGACAGGGAUGGAGAAAUCUACUGCAAAGGGUGCUACGCAAAGAACUUUGGCCCAAAAGGCUUUGGAUUUGGUCAGGGAGCAGGUGCCCUAGCUCAUUCGCAGUGAAGUUGAAGCCCUCAGCCAACAAGGAACUGAUAUCUGGUGUCCUCAAAUAUCACAGAUUCAUGGUUCUUUGCAUCAAUCCUGUAACGUUUUUUUUUCUGCUGGACAUGAUGCAUAAAAAAAUUGCUUUCUUCACACAUAUAGCCGACAGACCUAGGUGCUUUGGAAGGUUGUGCACAUGUGCUCAACAUUUUCAAAAGCAGAAAUGUGUCUAUAUUUGGUUGAGCAUGUUAUUUGCCCCACUUUAGUGUUAAUGAUCUGCAUAAAAAAAUAAA